GUUUUCAUUUUUUUAUUUUAUUUUUAAAAUUAUAAUUAUCAACCCUUUGCUUAAAGUUUCAAUCUUUUUUGGUUGAUCACACUUCAUUUUUGCUUGUGAACCAAACCCAUCUCAGAAACUCACUAAUCUUUAGCUUUAACCAGAAGGGUUUUGUUGUAAAUCAAAUGUGGGAGUGGGAUACCACUCGCUUGUGGAAAAAAGUCAGGGAAUUUGUCCAGAAGAACGAUUAUUCUAGUCAAGACCCACUUACUUGGAGCAGAGAGUUGGAGAAACACUGUUAUGGUGACUUGUCCUAUGCUCAGGUACAAGCCAAUAAUGAUAUGGAGGAUCAGAGUCAGGUGGAGAUAAGACGAGAUGCCACCUUUGUUGGAGUCUAUGAUGGCCAUGGUGGACCUGAGGCCUCUCGUUUCAUUUGUGACAAUCUGUUUCUUCAUUUGAUGAGGCUUGCUCGAGAAAAUGGAGCUUUUUCUGAGGAUAAUCUUAGACUUGCUUUUUCUACAACUGAGGAUGCAUUUCUUCAUCUUGUGCGUAGAACAUGUAGAAUAAAUCCACCAAUUGUGGGGACAGGGUCCUGUUGCCUAGUUGGAGUCAUCUGGAGGGGGACAUUAUAUGUUGCUAAUGUGGGCGAUUCCCGAGCUUUAAUCGUUUCUUUGGAUAGAUCAAAUAAGAUAGUUGCUGAACAAUUAACAAGGGAUCAUAAUGCAAGUAUAGAGGAGGUCAGACAAGAACUCAAGUCAUUGCACCCAGAUGACUCGCAUAUUGUAGUUAUGAAGCAUGGAGUAUGGCGUAUCAAAGGCAUAAUUCAGGUAUCUAGAAGUAUUGGUGAUGUAUACUUGAAGCGACCAGAAUUUUUUGGUGCUUUUCCAAAGUUCUCCUCUAUAUCACUCUGUCGGCCUGUGCUGACAGCUGAACCAUCCAUUUACACUCGAGUUUUACAGCCCAAUGAUAAGUUUCUCAUUUUCGCAUCUCAUGGGCUGUGGGAGCACUUAACAAAUCAGGAGGCAGCUGAGAUUGUUCAUAAUAACCCACGAUAUGGAGUUGCCAGGAGACUUCUUGAAACUGCUAUUGAUAUGGCAGCAAGGAAAAGGGAGAUGAGAUACACAGACGUGAGGCGGGUUGACAAGGGAGUUAGGAGCCAUUUUCAUGAUGAUAUUACUGUGGUUGUCAUCUUUAUAGACCAUCAUUUGCUGGGGAAGAGGAACUCUGUACCAGAGCUGUCGAUUCGAGGAGGGUUCAUUGACAUUGUUGGCCCUUCAAACUCCAAUGUUGUGCAAGUACCAGGUCCUCUAUUUGAAAUAUCAAACCCAGCAACAUGAAGGGUGCGUUUGGUUCAGUGAAUUGGAUUACUGGAAUCUUAUAUUACGUUGAAGAUUACUAAGAAUCUUUAGGAAAAUGUGUUUGGUUAGUUGGUGAGUAUGUUAUAUUAAUAUGUUUGGUUA